CUCUCACAGGUCGAGAGUUUAGUUGGUUGUCGAACUAUGUUAUCAGCAUCUCCAACUAGAUUCGUUGCUCAAAGAAUCUCAUUCCGAUCAUCUAAUACGAUUCCGACAAUCUUACUUCCUCCCUUUCCCAGAGGUUUCCAGCAGAGAUCGUUGACCAAAGCUUCACUAAACGCUCGAAUCGUAGCAGCUAUGUCGACCACCACCACCACCACCGCCGUCAACGCCGUCACAGACGCCGGCAGAGGUAACAUCACUCACGUCAUAUUCGACAUGGACGGGCUCCUUCUAGACACUGAGAAGUUUUACACGGAGGUACAGGAGAAGAUACUUGCUAGAUACAAUAAAACGUUUGACUGGUCUUUGAAAGCCAAGAUGAUGGGUAGGAAAGCCAUAGAAGCUGCCACGCUUUUCGUCGAAGAAUGUGGAAUCAGCGACUCUCUUUCACCAGAAGCCUUCAUUGUAGAGAGAGAGUCAAUGCUGCAAGACCUCUUCCCUACAAGUGACCUUAUGCCAGGAGCUAGCAGACUUCUCAGACAUCUCCAUGGGAAAGGAAUCCCAAUUUGUGUAGCCACAGGUACACACACACGACAUUUUGAUCUGAAAACGCAAAGACACCGGGAGCUUUUCUCCUUGAUGCAUCACAUAGUGCGGGGAGAUGAUCCAGAGGUGAAGCAAGGGAAGCCUGCUCCUGACGGUUUUCUUGCUGCUGCCAGGAGAUUUGAGGACGGGCCUGUAGAUCCACGCAAAGCUCUGGUGUUUGAAGAUGCUCCUUCCGGUGUCAUGGCAGCUAAAAACGCUGGAAUGAAUGUAAUAAUGGUACCGGAUCCGAGAUUGGACAAGUCCUACUGUGGUGUUGCCGAUCAAGUUCUAGCCUCUCUUCUAGAUUUCAAACCAGAGGAAUGGGGCUUACCUCCGUUCGAGGAUUCACAAAACUAAGACCACAAAGCUUCAGUUUAACAGUAUCCUCAAGCUAUAAGAUUCUUUUAUGAUUGAAGAAGACCUGUACUCUGGCUGUAUGGGAAAUAAUGUUUGUGUUCAUCAUACACUUGACUGACAAUAAAAUGAUUUGAUUCUUAUUGGGGUCUUUUUGUUAUAUGUUAUGAUUUGAUAAUAAAUUUCUAAUACUUUAUUGGUAA